AUGUCUCAGGAGAGGACAGACGUGGAGCUUGAUAAAGAGUGGAAGCCCAACGGCAGACGGCCUCAAUCGUCAGUCUUUCUUCUCCCUUUCCAUUUCAUUCAUCCAUCCCGUCUUCUGUCCCAGUUUGAAUCGUCCUUUGUUGACUUGUUUCGUUGCAGAACCAUGGCUCGCUCUCUUGCUGCUGCGCUUGAUAAUGCUUUCAUGCUCGACUCGGAGGUUGACAACCUCACCAACUCCAUCCACUAUAAAACUCAAAAGAAGAAGGGAAAACUAGAAACAGCUGCUAAUGGUCUGAUGUAUAGACAAACAUUGGUAUCAAUGCAAAGUCGCGAACUCGAGGCGCUGGAAGCUAGACUUCGAGCCACCGAGAAUCGUCUAAGAAUGCAGAAGGGGGAGGCACCCCUUGAGCCCGUCAAGGUCAAUGACGGUGCUAAUAAUGAUAAUGUUACCUCUCAGAAUGGCUCGCUCAGGGACAGAACGCCGCUGGAGGUCUCUACCGCGGACAAGGAGCGCGGCCUGCCACCGCUCUCCACGCCCAACCAGUCCGACGAUGGCUUCACCACCAACGCUUCCACCUCCCCAGCAACCACAGACCAGGACGAUGAGGCUGCUGACCAUGCUGGCGUUCAUGGUCGAGGCGACGCGCAAAAUCAUUCUGAGGGCAAGCAGGGAUGGUCUUGA